GCUUGGUCUGUACUUGCAAAGUUGCCAUCGAGCGGCAGAAGAAGCCAGCCGUGCAAGUGGGUGGGAGCGCCGCCGCCGCCGCCAUGGAAGCCGGGUGGCAUCAAGAUACUCUUCCCCUGUCUGUGCAGGAGCUGGGUCAUUCUCUAAACUGGAUUUGAUUGGGGGCCAGCAGCAGCUAGGUUUUUGGAAUUACAAAUCUCUGAUCCCUUAUCUGGAGGCAGCCUGCUGUGAUGGGGCUGUAGUGAAGGUAGCUGGCCUACCAUGCACCCCACAGGGAGUAUCGACCCCGGCUUUUCCCGUUCUGCUGUGCAAACCCUGUCUCGUAGCCACUGCCGGAACAUCAAGCAAAAGAUCUCUCAGUGGGAGGGUCGGACCAAAGGGGAUUGUCAGGAGGAAAGGCAGAAACCCAAAGACUUUGGGGUCAAGUAUGGCCAUGACAGCAGGGGGAAGUCAGUGGGACUUGGACAUGGCAGGGACGUAGAAGGGGUACCAAGUGUGCAGAGUCUUGGCUUGGAUUUCCGGGAAAACUCUCACCUCUGCUCUGUCACGGAGGAGGAGGAGGAGAGACUUCAAGAGAGCCCCUCAGUUGAGCAGUUCCCCAAUGGCGUUAUAUCUGAAGGAGAGGAGGAAGAGGAGGACUGGCAAGGGGAGAGGCUGCCCCCAGGGAACUUCUACACCUCACGGGACCUGUGGAAACAGAUCGAAGCGUUUUCUCCAGACAAAGUCCUCUCCAUCGCCUUGGACUUGAAAAGGAAACGGGAAAGUUGUGGCUCAACAGAGAAGGAGCUGAACGUGGUGUCUCCGACAAAGAGCUUGGAGAACAUCUACUGUGAUGCUGAAAGCCAAGGAGGGCAGCCAGCCAUCAACCCGGUACCCAAACCGCGAAGGACUUUCCGUUACCUUUCUGAGAAGGACCAUGUGGAUUGUCCCAACGGAGGCCACAUUGAGAGGAAGCCACCAGAACAUCAAUGUAAUGGUGGCUGCCUUGCAACAACUUCCCACAACUCUGAGCAAAGAGUGGCCAGCAGGGGCAUCCGAGGCCGAUCCAAGAGGAAAUCCUUUGAAUUUGAGGACAUCCAAGGCUACCGCAACCGGCUGGCCGCCAUAGAGUACCAAAAGCUCCAUGAAGAACUGAAUGGCACCACAAAUGUCCGUCUCUAUUGCACGCAGUCAGAGGACAACCUCUAUGAGGACAUUAUUGAUCCUGCUAAGGAGAAUCUGUAUGAAGACAUUAAAGUGAAGCCUCUGUGGAGGAUCCCGUCUACUUGGAAGCUGCCUCCCCCCCGGAAUACUUUCAAGCCACCCAAGGUGAAGCUCCCUCCCAAGCCGCACUUCCUUCAUCGUAAAACCUUGGAGCUAAAGAGCUCACGGAUCUGCCUGCGGGGAAAGUUGGCGAAGGACACGACUCUACCUGUUACGUUGACAGAGUGGAAGUUCUUCAAAGCAGGCGAAGCUGGAAGCAGGAAGAGGAAGAACGUUCCCCGGCUUGUAUUGAAAAUACAAGAGAUCUUUGACUCCAAACGAGGGAAGAAGCGGGUGAAGUUGGUGACGCAGACGGGAAAAGAAGUCUCUCCAGCCAGAGGUGAAACCAAUGGCUAUGACAGCGAACCGGAGAAUCUGCCGAAAAGUCGACAUAAGCGUCUGCUGCAGGUGCAAGCUCAGUCCAAGAGGAAUCCGCACUACCAGACGCUGGAGCGGGACCUCAUUGAGUUCCAAGAGCAGCAGCUUUUUGAGCUCUUUGUGGUGGUGUCGCUACAGAAGAAGCCAUCAGAAGCUACCUACACCCCACAGGUUAUACAGCAGUUUCCUAGCAAGCCUGACCACCCCUUUCGGCAGUCAAAGGACACUGAAGAGAGGCUGAAGGUCAUCCCCAAAUUCUGUUUCCCUGACCCCAAAGACUGGUGCCCAAAAUCCGAGUCAAAGAGUGAAACCUUCUCCUUCGUGCUGACUGGUGAGGACGGCAGCCGCUGGUUUGGAUAUUGCAAGAAGCUCUUGCCAGAAGGAAAAGGGAAGCGACUCCCUGAGGUAUACUGCAUGGUAAGCCGCCUAGGCUGCUUCAACCUUUUCUCUAAGAUUCUAGAUGAAGUGGAGAAGAGGCGUGAGAUGUCCCCAGCCCUCGUGCACCCAUUCAUGCGCAGCGUCAUGGAGGCGCCGUUCCCUGCCCCUGGGCGCACCAUCUCUGUGAAGAGCUUCCUGCCAGGAGCUGGAAAUGAGGUGAUUGAGCUUUGCCGUCCACUAGACUCUCGGCUGGAGCAUGUUGACUUUGAAUGUCUGUUUAAGUGCCUCCGUGUCUCUCACUUGAUCCAAGUCUUCGCUUCUCUCCUGCUGGAAAGGAGGGUGAUCUUCGUUGCUGACAAUUUAAGCACCUUGUCCAAAUGUGGCCAUGCUGUGGUUGCAACACUCUACCCCUUCACCUGGCAACACACCUAUAUCCCUGUCCUGCCAGCUUCCAUGAUUGACAUUGUCUGCUCACCUACCCCAUUCCUUAUUGGCAUCCUCUCCUGCUCCUUAACACAGCUCCAGGACCUGCCUAUAGAAGAGGUACUGAUCGUUGAUCUCUGUGCUGAUAGUUUUUUGCAAGCGGUUUCAGAUGAGGAUGAAAUCCUACCUCACAAACUCCAGGCUGCACUUGCACAGAUCUUGGAGGAAAGGAAAGAAAUCCUGUCUCAGGAGCGGAGUUACACGCAAGGUGAUGUGACUCUGGACUCCCUCGUUUCGGAGGCUUUUGUGCGCUUUUUUGUGGAGAUUGUGGGGCAUUACUCCUUGCACAUGCAUGUCACUGAGAAAGGGGAGCGGGUAUUCCAGCGGGAGCCCUUCCGGAAGUCCCACACCUCCCGCAACGUGCGCCAUUUCCUAGACAUCUUCAUGGAGACACAAAUGUUUGCUGGCUUCAUACAGGACCGAGAGCUCCGGAAGAGUGGGGUCAAAGGGUUGUUUGAAGUCCGUGCCUUGGAAUAUUUGGAGACCAUUCCCGAGUCUGAGCCAAGUGGGAUGAACAAAAUCCUUCGCAGUCUGGGUAGUAAAAUGAAGUUCCUUCAAAAGAAGUGAGAAGCCAAGUGCAGAAUUGCUGCUAAGAGUGGUUUUAAGUUCCCAACCAGCUAUAAUGAGAUGACACUGCAUUGCCCGUUGCUAUGGUGUCAGACAGGAUUUCUGGAACUCAGCUGAGUUGAGCUUCAAGCAACUGGAAGAAAGUGGCCCAAAUCUGAGUGGACUUCUUGAUCUUUGCUCUGCCUUGUUCAACUGGAAUAUUACUGGGAGAAACUGGGCUUCUUUGUAGAACUGGACUGUAAAGGAGGACAUGAUGAACUGUGUGAAUUAUAUCCCUGUUUAUGCUGCUUGGCCUAAAGAGACUGUCCCGUCAUCCUCACUUUAUAUAUCCUGCUCAAAGCAAUCCAAGGACUAAAUUUGAUGCCUCUUAAAAAGAGGAAUGAACCAGGAAAGACAACAUCAAUCCAGCAAUUGAUCUAUGCCGAUACUGCACUGCAGAGAUUCGUUGCACGAGGAAACGUUCCCCUAAAACUGGAAAACAAACCUGUAGGAGCUGAUUAUCCGUCCUCAUCUAAAAUGCCAUCCAGUUAGGUUCUUUGCUAUUGGCCAGGGUUCAGCCAUGUUCUUUCAUAAACUGUUGGCUUCACUUGUGUAUUGCAAAGCUUUUUAUGUUGUAGAUAUUGACAGGAAAACAAGAAAUCUGCUUGUUUGCUGUUUUGGUUUUACACUGCAAGCCUCUUCCUGUGUUAGUUGUUGCUAAUAUACAUGUUCUUUUGACAUUUUACAAGCCCAUAUCCAGAAAAUCAUGGGAUGUACCUCAUACAAGAGUGGUGUUUACUUGUCUGGAAAAUGCCGUUUGAUCUGACUGGGAGGCAUGAAGACUUUUUUUAAAAAAAUACAAAUGGUGGAAUUACGAGUUGAUUUGGUUUGAUGCAGAACCAUUGUAAAAAACCAAGCAAGCUUCUUACAACUGCAUGUUGCUGUGAAACCUGAGUGGGAUAGAAAUUGGCUCUUCCCCAAAUACAUUGUUCCAUCCAUUUACCAGAGCUGAAGAUCCAUGUAAAGUAUUUUCUUCCCCCUCUAAACCUAGGUCUGUUACCUGCUUUUAAGAAAUCUUGAUUCCUCUUGGUAGCCACAAUUACUGGGAAGAGAUCCAUGCAUAUAGUCCAACCCCUCGGUGGUUUGCACAACAUUUAAAAUAGCUGUUUAGGGUUCCUAAUGACAAAUACCCUGUAUUUAAUCAAAUAUGACACAUUGUUAUUUGUCUUACUAGAGUACUCCAGAGUGACUCUGCCUCUAUGGACCUGUCACAUGUGCCCACAGGCUACUUUCCAAUGGAGCUUUACCAUAUGUUUACAUGUAACAAACGGACUCAGGUUUAAUACAUGGGACUUUCGUGCAGCCUUGGACUGGUGAAAAAUUCCCCAGAUAAGAGGGAUUCCUUUGAAAUAUUUAAGUGUUGUGUGCUGAUAUACUGGAUUGAUCUUUCUCGGCCAUACAACCAAAUGGACCUCCAGAUUUGGAUGAAAUGUGGACUUGGGGUUCAUAUGGUUCUGUGUGGAUUACAUGUAUCUGAAAGGUGCUGUUUGUACUGGGGUCAGAUCCUAAAUAUUUGUUUGCUUGCAAUGUACAAGGUUCACCAGACCAAAAAGAAAAAAAAGUUGAAAAGAUUGAGUAAGAUGCGAAAUUUUAUCAUUAGUUGAAGCUUCUGCAUAUGGUCUGAACUGCCAGCUGUGCCUAAAAUAUUUCAAGCCAAAAGAAUUGGCAAAAACUUGGGCCCAGUGGUUCUCCAGUGGGCCUGGAAAAAAUUGCUUUCUAGGUCCAGUUGUGCAAGGCCUACAGCCCACCCCUGUGCAUCUUUACUCAAAAGUAGAUCCCUCUGAAUUCAGUGGGAUUUGAUCCCCAGUAAGUGCACAUAACAUUUAAGCCUUAGCAGGGGUGGGGAACAUGUGGCCCUCCAGUUGUUGGUGAACUGCAGCAUUCAUCAGCCCUAGCCAGUACAUCCAAUGGGAUGGGAUGAUGGGACUUGCAGUCCAAAUGACAUGUGGCGGGUGACAUAUUCCCCAUUCCUUGCUGCUAGGGAAUACUAUGAACUUAAUGGUACAUACUUCUCAGUAAACAUGAAUAAGAUCACCCUUUAAAAAGCUUCUUAGGUCACAUUUUUAGGACAAUUGACUGACCUACUUGCUGCUGCAGUUCUGUUAUGAACAUUUUGUGUGGCCACUCUUACAGAAUUAGGUUCUUGAUGAGAAGCAGGAGCUCACCACUGAUUUAGUAGUAUGUUUCAGCACUUAAAACUAUUGCACUUGAUCAGAAGGGCAGGAAGAACCCCCUUAUUCUGUUGUUCGUACCCACUUUUUGGGAAUGGUUGGGUUAAAUUAGCCCCCAGGGUGUAUAACCCUAACUUUUAUAAUUCCAGUCACACCCGCUGCACAAUCCUAGAUGGGAAAUACAUACCUUUCCCUCAUCUCCAUGGAAACACAUUCUUUCAGAUCUUCUAUACUUCUUGGUGCUGGACUUUCUCCCAUGUGGUGUCUUCAUGUUUUUCACAGCCUGCUCUGCUCAUUAUGGAUCAAGCCAUAUUCUGUUGUGUAUAGAUGAAACCAAAACUGUAUGUACAGUAACAGAACUGAAAUAAACCAAGUUCCUUCAGGAACUGGUUCAAAUAAAAUGUGCUGGGUUUUUUUGUG